UACCCGAGUUGCAAGAGCAUGUGCGCACACUUGAAGCAAAGUUCAUUGCUGUUAAACAAAUCAAAGACAUAAAAGAUCAGACUGAUGAACUCAAAAGGGAGCGUGUCUGGGCAGAAGUCAUUGAGAGUGAAAAGGAAGCUACCAUUAAGGGUGCAUCUGUGGAGAAACUGAAGACUGGUCUUCCAAGGUUUGAUUCAGAGAUUCAAGAAUAUGAGGAGAAAAUAUCAGACAUUGAAGAGCAGGUGAAAGCUGUGGAAAGUGACUUGAAUAAGUUAAUAUCUGAAGCAGAUGGCCUGAAGAAAGUGCAGGAAAAACUCACAGCAAAGUGGAAAGAAAGGAGAUGAAAAACUUUGAAGAAGAACAAAAACAGAAAGAAUUAUUGCUCCAACAGAAAAAGGAAGAACUAGUAAAAUGAAACAGCCAGCUUCAGGAGGUUUUAAAUGGCUUUGCAAACCUGUUGAAGGAAAUAAGUAAAGGAGAAGGGGAUGUCUGCAAAGUGAGUUCAGAUGAACAAGAUCAAAAAAAAAAGAUAAGUAAAUUAGAAAGACAAGUUCAGCAAGUCAGAUCUUCAGCCAACAACAAACUUCUAAUGUUUGGUGACUGGAUGCCAACAUUAGUAAGUGAAAUUGAUGUUGCUGUGUCACAGGGAAGGUUCACAAAGCCUCCAAGAGGUCCGAUUGGGAGGCAUGUCCAUCUUAAGGACAAUAAAUGGAUGAAAGCCAUUGAAUCAUGUCUGGGCAGAUAUGGCUCUGGGUUUGCUGUAUGUAACUUCAGAGACUACAAUGUCCUGAAUGCUAUCAUUAAGAAGUGUUGCAAACAGUUUUUUCCUGUGGUUAUUAUGUGCCCCUUUGAGGAGAAAUUGUAUGAUGUGUCACAACAUAAAACAAGGUGUGAGUUUCCAACAGUGCUCGACAUGGUACAGAUAGAUGAUCCAGUAUUGGCAAAUUGUCUGAUUGACCAGCUCCACAUUGAAAGAACUAUUUUGAUAGAAAACAGGUCACAUGCUACCAAAAUCAUUUUUUCAAGGAAUGCGCCGACUAAACAGGCCUUUACUGCCAGUGGCGACCAUCUCACUGGUGGAGCAUGUGCUAAAUCAACUGUCCCUGUACACAAAUGGAGAAAUUAUUUAUCAUCCACAACGAGUGACAACACAAGUGCCUUAAAGGAACAAAUCGACGCGCAAAGAAAAGACUGCAGUAAACUCGCAGUGCAGAAGAAGCGUCUGGAAAACAAUUUGAUGCAAAAAAGAAAUGAACAGCAAGAAGCAUUCAAGAGAAAAAAGACAUUGCAAGCAAAAGUGGAUAAUCUUAAAAUUGAAAUCAAUGAACUGCAAGAAAGCCUUGAAGAAGCUGUUUCCCUUGACAUUCCAGUUUUGGAAUGCGAGGUAGAGCAGGGCAAUCAACGGGUCGAGGUGCUCAGUGAACAGAGUGAAACUGCACAACAGAAAUUUGCUGAAGCCGUAGCACUGAUGGAAGAGCAAAACAAAAUGAAUGCUGACCACAAGAAUAGAAUUUCGGAGGCACUCCGACAGGCAGAACCUCUCAAGGAAAAGUUGGAAUCUCUAACACUCAGAAAAGAAGAGGAGAAGAUUAGGAAGGAACGCUCUGAUAACAAACGCAGGAAAUUCGAGCAGAAAAUAGAGGAGAUUAAAAAAGAGAAGGAGCACCUGGUUCACUUGGCCGAGCGAAAGGCAGAGAUUGCAAGUGCUCAAUAUAUCCGAGUGGAAACCUCAAGGAGUGUCCAAGAUCUGGAAACAGAAAUUCUGACAAAGGAGAAGUACAUUCGGCAAGAGGAAAAGAACCGUGGAAAGGUCGAAGAUAUUAGGAAAGAGUAUGGAGAAACAAGGGAAAAGUACGCAGAGAUCCUUCAGAAGCGUAAGAAUAUCAAGAGAUAUAACCAGAGAAUAAAAGCUUCCAUGGAGUUAAGAGUGGAAUAUCUUUUUAAGACGAGAAUGUUGUUGGCCUCAAUGACGUCGCAGUUUUUUACACAGCAUUUGAGUCAGAGGGGCUUCAGUGGGUAUAUUUCAUUUGAUCACAAAGAAGAAACCCUCAAGUUGAUUGUUAAUGUCCACAAAGGUCCACAUCAUGUGUAUUCUGAAAGGGAAGUAGACGAAAGCACCUCAAUAAUGAAGUCCUUGUCUGGUGGUGAGAGAUCUGUCUCUACCAUAUCUUAUUUGACAGCCUUGUGGGGAACCAUGGAAUCUCCCUUUAGAUGUCUGGAUGAAUUUGAUGUGUUCAUGGUAAAUGACUCCUUCUGUCCAUUUCUGCGAAAUACGUUGCGCGAGGAUUUAAUGAACCGCAAAGUUAUCAUGGAAAUGGUGUUGGAAAUUGCUAAGUUGCCAUCACAGAAGCAUCGUCAAUUUAUUUUCUUGACUCCCUUAGACUUAAGUGGUAUGCCUUUGGACAAAAACUUAAACAUCAGAAUAUUUGAGAUGGCUGAUCCGGAAAGGUGAAGACGCCUCAGUUGUGACAAGAUACAAAUCAAAAACUGACUCGCACAGUGCAUGAAAUUAUUUGUUUAGAAAAAUGAAUAUAUUCUUUUAGAAUAAAUUUACAUAGAUUCUCAAGCUAUUAACGUACAUUUUUUAAAGAUAGAUAAGUAUUUAUUUUUAUUUAAAAGAAAAUAUAACUGUUUCAGUUUAUAGACAUCUAAUUCAGGAGACAAUAUUUGGUUGCGACUUAAGAAAAAAGAUUCUCCUGCGCAUGCACGACACACGACCUUUGCGUCUGUUACCUUAAGUAGGGAGAAACCUCUAUUGUUUUCUAGUUCAUAGGGUGUCCCUGUGAGAGAGGUUCCUCUUUACUUACUGACACAAGUUAGAUUGUAUCCUCUUCACCUAAAUACAUAUGUUUGUUCAUGUUUUUGUACGUGUUCUAUUUUAGUCUUUCAUCUCAGCCUAAUUCUAUGUCGUAAUUGAAUCAACAAUUCGAUUGAGUCCAUUUAAAACCUUUUCGUUCAGCGGUGAUGGAUGUUGUAAGCUGUCUUGUUCCUAUUUUCGAGAUUUGAAGGAGCACUGACACGCUAAUUGAAAGAGUAAUGGUGUCGUCCUCAGAAAUGUUUAUGCCACCCGUUUUAUCACAGGGGGCCCAUACAAUCUGUUUGUGUAGCCGACCGUUGUUUUAUAGUGAAUAGGGACUUUAAGCAAACCACG